CAACCGAUAGGUUUUGCAGGAGGACAGAAAAAAUGUUUAGAAUUUUAGACCAGUUUAGAAGAAAAGUUUUGUGUGGUUUCUUCCAGAUAACAUUCCAAUGAAUAUAAAUAUAUUACUUCAAUUACUGUUACUAAUAUUUCACCCCUUUCAACAUAUCCUAGAAAAACUGGAAUAAUAAUAAGGAUGGUGUGACGCUAACUGAAAGAUUAUAGUUAAAGAGGACAAUUAGCUAUUUUUACUAUUUUCUUCGACUUUGCAGUUAAUUACGUUUCCUACUACUGUUGAUAUAAAACUAUUCUCAAUGUAUUUCAUUUAGAUAUCUGCAAAUUCUGAGUGAUUCUACGUCAGGAAAGAAGUCAUAAAACAGGAAACCAAAAUAAUAUUCCAUUUCUAAAUUUUUCGUUCUCAAAAAAUGCACGAAUAUCCAAAGUAUAGUCACCUAGAGACAAUUUCACACAAUCUAGAUCCGAAUUUGAGAAACCAUGCACAAAGUCAACACAGUCAUCAUGAUUUUGUCAACUUUUUGACAUUUCUACAAAGUCAUAAAACAUCUCCAACGUCAUCAGUUGCAGCACAUAUUAACGCGUCAGUGCAUCAAUAUAGAAGCAUCCCAUGUUUUGACGAACUACUGGCACAUGCAACUAGCAAUAAUAAUACCUAUUCAAACACUUCACUAAACCUAAAAUAUACAGACUCAUUUAGACAAGGUCAUUUUGAGGAUGAUCACUUGUCGCUUGUCAACUUUAUGCAAAAUUCUACCGGUUACAUAAGAAGCCUGAUAAAAUCCAGUGGAUGUGAUCACCUGUUAAGCUCUUACUUAAAGAAUAACAUCAUACUGCCAAGUAUUAUCGAACAAUCGAAACAAAAUGAAAUUUUUAUUCCUUCUCCACUUCCAUUAUCUUCAACAUCAUCAGUUACAACAAAAGUACCAUCUUCAGUAAGCUGGAUUAACCAACUAACUGAACUGUAUCCUGCAUACACACAAGAACUGUCAGUGAUCGACUGCAUCUACAAAACUUUUACAAGUUUAUUAAAGAAUUCGGUACCCUCAGAUAAUAAGAAUGAUGAGAAUGACUUCAUGUUUAGUGGUUUAAAUGACCGUCUCAACGUUUCAAAUAUUCAAAAUCAGAUAAAUCAUUCGUAUUUCCAAAACGAUACAGGUAGUAUCUACGAUGAAGUUAGAACUUGCGCUUCAAAUAUAGAGCACCCGUUAGUAAACAACAGUAAGGAAUGCUAUACUUUGGGUAAAAUGCGAUCUAAGUUAUACGAUAACUGUCCACUUCCAGAUUACAAAAGUCAAAUGACUACUGUACAUAACAAAAACUGUAUAACACAUAAAAGCGGUCAUCAUAACAAAUUAAAUAAUCAAGCCACAUCGUCCUCGUCCUCACUUGGGUUUCCUUUAUUCAACCCAUUUGUGGAAAGUGGUACGAUGGGGGCAAAUUCAAGGAAAAUUUGUAGUAAUCACCCUAAAAAGUGUUCCAGUUUCCACGAUACAAUGUUUUCAACUGAAAAUGUACCACUCAAUCCCAUCAGUCCAUGGAGUGAUCUAUUAAAUCAGAAAACUAAUACGAACUUUUUCUGCUCACCAAUUAACUAUAGUGAAGAUAAACUAGGAAACUGUAAUAAUCUUAGAAUUACAGAACAAUUAAAGCUUUAUAAAGAAAAUGAUUCAAACAACUGUGUACGUCUUGUCAAUGGACAGAAAAAGACUCGAGACGAUUUAUCAGUAUCUGAUUUUAUAGCCAGCGCCAUAAAAUAUGAUAACUUGAAUAGCUCUAUGCAUAAUAAUGGUGCAUUAAUUGAAGCUUUAGCUAGUACAAAUAAUCUGGAAAUGUGUUGGGUAAAACUGGUACAAAUAAAAGAAAAUUUCGAGAAUGAUAUCUGCAAUUUAUCAAGUGAAUUAGUGUUCAUUCAUUCCUCUAAGCGUCAUCAUUUACUAGUUGGCAUCAGUGAAAAAAGUGGCAGUAAACAAGCCUCCAGAAUGCUAUGGCCCCAUUUUAAUGCCAAAAGUUUUAAUAAAAAUUAACGGUGAUAUCAUUUCUGAGCCACUUCAUAAAUGGGCGACCCCACUUAACUCGAAAUAUGAUCCACAUCACUCUCCACUGACCUUAUCUUCUCCACGUGAUGAAAUGAAACGCAAACAGUAUGAUGAUGAUACACACGUGAUUAAGAGACCUAAAUUAGAAGCGCCUUUUCAGACAAAAGUCAAAUCUAGCUCAAGUACAUCACAUCCGUUUUCCGCCUGUAAUCUAGCCAAGUCUCCAGACAAUAUGUAGAAGUCAAAUUAAAAUAUUCAAUCUCUCGAAAAACACGCAUUACUAUAGAACUGUAUAUCGAAGCAGUAGAAGAGUACCGGAUAUUUGUAGUCUGUUUGUUUUUGGAAAUCAAAUAUUUGACAGUGAUAUUCAUACCGUCAUAUGUUGCGAAAUUUCCAAAUGGAUUUUAUUUAUCACUAUAUCAUCUCAUCUUCUUCCUUAUGUUUUACAAUUCAACUGAGCAUUUGCAAAUAAAUGAAAGAUGUUUGUUACAUCAUCUGCAAUGUGCAAUUUGUUUCUAAAGGUUGACUGCAGAGAAUCCAAUGACUACUAUAAAAUAAAUUCUGCUGAUUACUACAUGUGGACAAUGAAAAUAUUAAAACAAUAUUUCAAGUUGAAUACCAAGUGAAAGAUGAUCAAAUGAAUUACUGAUGAGUAUUUUGCAUUCAGUUCCAUACUGGAACAAAUAAUAAAUUACUGCAUUCCUUUCACUUCACUCAGUAAUCCAUAAUCAUUUAACACAACAAAAGUAAUAAGUCAGUUUUAUUUACCCAAUAAACUCCUGAAUUCAAAUUAAAUGUGUAACUUAGCCAUUUUGUUUUUGACUGUGAUCACGAAAAUUAUAUAAUUUCCAUAUCUGAAAUUUAUGAC